CCAACCAUUUCAUGCUGUUGAUCCAUGCGUGCGUGGGACGAUGGCCCUCCACUGGGGUCCCCAAAAAGCCCCAAGCAGCCUAUCUGUAUGUCUCCCCCUCCAUCCUCGCCGUCUUCUCAUGCAUUUCUGCUGCAUCGUCAGACGCAUGGACGAAUUUCGGCCUGCUUUUCCCGCUGGAGAAAUUCUGAUACCUUGUUUUACUUUCUUUUCAUGACCUUUGAUUUGGAGCCAGACAGAAACGGACAGGACAGCUUCCAAGUUUCCCGAGGGCUGAGACUUUUUUCCUUUUUGACAUUAAAAUUCCUGUCUCCCUCAUUUCCCCUCCUUGCUUGGCUCAAGAACGAGAGAGAGACAGCUGAGGUUGUUCUUAAAUAUUUAUUAAAAGACCUAAUCUAUAAAG